AAAUACUUGGGUUAGUUUCACAAGUGGGUCUCUCAUCCUGACUCAAUAAGCUAGGGUUCGAGUUUCCUAGUUCUUUCUCUGAUCGUGGGAGUGAGUCCGAAGAUGGAGAGGACGAAGCCAGUGGCUGUGUUCAUGGCCUUCGGUACCAAGGGCGAUGUCUACCCUAUUGCGGCCAUUGCUGCAGCUUUUGCUUCUGACCAAAAGCAAUACCACGUGGUUUUCAUUACUCAUUCAGCACAUGAGAAUUUAGGAUCCCAUUUGGCAGAAAAACAUGUUGUUUAUCUUCCUAUCUCAUCGCCUCCUGUUUUCUCUAUGAAUGAAAAUCAUGAAAGUACAGGCUCACCGGAAGUCACAUUUUCAUUACAGAAGAAGAUACUUACAAGUGAACAUAGAAGAGAAUGCUACUCAGUGGUUGAAAAUGUCUUUGGACAUGGCCCAAGCAUGGAGGGCGACUUCAUUGUGAUAAAUUUCUUUGCACUGGAAGGGUGGAGUCUUGCAGAACUUUUCAAUGUCCGUUGUGUCGUUGCUGCACCUUAUGUUGUUCCAUACAGUGCACCUUCAUCAUUUGAACGUCAGUUCAGAAAAGAACUUCCUCUUUUAUACAAGUAUCUUCAGGAAGCUCCAUUCAACAGGGUAUGUUGGAGAGAUGUGAUUCACUGGAUGUGGCCUCUUUUUACUGAAAACUGGGGAACGUGGAGAAGUGAUGAAUUAAAAUUGAGCCCUUGCCCUUUCACAGAUCCCGUAACUGGUCUUCCUACAUGGCACCAUAGGGCAUCAUCUCCCUUACUGCUGUAUGGAUUCAGCCAAGAAGUUGUUGAAUGCCCUGAUUAUUGGCCAUCAAAUGUUCAUGUUUGUGGCUUUUGGUUUCUCCCUAUUGAAUGGCAAUUUUCGUGUAGAGAGUGCGCAGAAAAGGCGGUGCAUUACUCUUCACAGCAUAAGAGAACAGAAGAGGAGAUGUGCUCAGCACAUGCUGACUUAUUCUCUUUCUUGAAUGGUCCAUCUUCAUUGCCACCGAUUUUCAUAGGACUGAGUUCUGUUGGAAGCAUGGGCUUAUUAAAGAACCCUCACGCACUUCUUCGAGUUCUUCAAACUGUUCUAGAAACUACAAGCCACCGGUUUAUCCUUUUCACAGCUGCCUAUGAACCUUUAGAAGCAGCAGUCUGGGAAGUUUCCAUGGAAACGGCAUCAUCAUUAAAGCAUUAUUCCCAAGCAUCAUCACAUAAAAAUCAAAUGAAUUCCUGCAAAGAUGGGAUUUCUCUAUUUGACAACCGUCUCUUCUGUUAUUCCGGAAUGAUACCAUACAAUUGGCUCUUGCCAAGAUGUUCGCUGGCAAUCCAUCAUGGGGGUAGUGGAUCCACUGCUGCAUCACUAUGCGCCGGAAUCCCGCAGGUGAUAUGUCCAUUUAUGCUGGAUCAAUUUUAUUGGGCUGAGAAAAUGUUUUGGCUUGGAGUUUCCCCGCAACCUUUGAAAAGAAACUGCUUGAUUCCGGAUAAGUUGGAUGACACAAGUGUCAGGGAAGCUUCAAGCGUGAUAUCAAAGUCCAUUCAUGACGCGUUAUCUUCUAAAGUCAGAGCACGUGCUUCAGAAAUUGCUGGACAAAUUUCACUUGAGGAUGGACUUGUGGAAGCUGUAAACAUUCUCAAGCAGGAGAUUAGUUCAAAUUAAAAUUUGGAAUGUGGUAACAUAAUUUUAUUUGAAUGCAGUAUGCAUAUGGAAUACAUAUGAUAUAAAAUGAAUUAUGCUUUUGGUCUUUGGCAAACAGAAUUUAUUUCCUUCUACUCCAGACACCAACACAACCCUACAACGUGGACUGCAAAGCGAAGCAAUGUUGAGGAGCACCAUCAGUUCAAGACUUUAAGUCGUUGGCAUCUCACCUCCCUGCUCUCAAGGAACUUAUCAUUGUAUGUGAAAAUUACGUUGUACAGUGCAUGACGGCUGGUCAGGCGAGGUAUGACUUAGUGUGCAAGCCACUUUGGUUUGCAUUCAUAUGACAUUAUUUUGUCUUUCAAUCUCAACUUCCCAUUUGUCAACGGAAAUCUAAUGAACAUGGAAUGCAAUUUUAAGAACUAAAAUGAGCAAGACUACAAUGUCUGAUGUUUCUGUGUCGCAAAAAGCACAAAAAAUUCUGAGAGAUCAAUCCUUAAGCUCAAUAUAUACUUGCAUUUUUUUUCCCCCCUAUAGAGCUGCAUCGCUCCAUGUAACGGAAGACCGUGAAUAUCCUGUAUUUUUUUGGAUCUUUGACUCCGAAUGUACAAUAAAUUGUGUUUGAUGGGUAUACAGUUGUAUGACAGUUCUCGUCCCUAUAUCGGUAUUUAUUGGAAACA